AAUCUUACAGCAGUUUCCAUGGAGGCAUCAACUAAGCUUCUGGUUAACACCCCUCCAUCAUGGGUUGACAUCAGCGGGGUACCCCCCACCAUCACCGCGGGGGACAAGUUGAGGGUUUGGUGCUCCGCCCCCCACGCCCGCCCCUCCCCCGUCCUCGUUUGGGCCAUCGCAAGGAAGGGCAAACCUGUGAGGGUACUGGCCCAGCAGGAGCUGCGGGAGAGGAACGUGUCGAGGUCGUGGCAGGACGUGCAGGUUGAGUGGCAGGACCACGGCGCCUCUCUGACCUGUACGGCCUACAGUCCUGCGCUGCCUGCUGUCAGAGUCUCCAACUCCUCCGUUCUCAGCGUCACUUUUGCACCGAGGGUACGGUUAUCUCUCGGCGCGAUGCUCUCCCCUGAACACAUCAAAGAAGGGAGCGACGUUUACUUCAGAUGUGACAUCCACAGCAACCCUCCACCCAACCGCAUCGCUUGGUUCCACAAUGGUCAAGAGGUCCAUGCUGACGACCGCGUCCUGGUGUCUGGAGACCAUCUCGUGCUCCAGAAAGUUCAUCGCAAGUGGAGCGGAAACUUCGCGUGCUCCGCCUCCAAUCCCAUGGGGGAAGCCAUGUCCAACUCCUUGGAGAUCGCAAUCCAAUAUUCACCAGUGUGUGGGCGGACUAGACCUGUGCUGUACAGAGCAGCCCUCGGCCAACAUGUCACGUUGCUGUGCGCUGUGCUGGCUAAUCCAACCAACGUCACUUUCCAGUGGGCCUUCACUAACGCGGUCUCCCAGACGCUACCGUCUCCUGGCUACGGUUUAUCAAGCAGCUCCCUGAUGACGACCUCUCUGCCCCCACCGGGCAUCACGGGCGGGGUGCGGUCAGUGCACGGUUUAGAAGGCCGUCUCAAGUAUCAGCUACAGCGCGUACAAGAUUAUGGGUCCGUUGAAUGCCGGGCCACCAAUAGUGUUGGAUCUCAAGCCAUACCUUGUGUCUUCACAGUUAGACCUCCAGGCAUUCCUUCCUCCAACUUCGGAUGCAAAGUGACGAAGCAAACAUGGGCGAGUGUCGAGAUCGCUUGUGCUCUAUCAUCGUCAUACACCAAUGACGACUCCGAGAACGUCACUGACGAUGCUGCUGUGAAUACGGCAGCGAAUGCAAAUUGGAAUAUGGCUGCAAAUGCAGAUGAGAAUACAGUUGGAAGUAAAAAGCUUUUGGAUCACAUCCAGAUGAAGAACGUGGCCGGCAGCGCUGAGAACAGCAUACAAAACAAAGUGCCAUCCAAGCACGCUGAUCAUAAGUGGACCACUCUGGAAAAAGAUGCCUUAGGAGUCAAGGCCUGGAACGGCAAGGAACUGAGAUUGGUGGAAGACCACGACCAAAGUGCGGAACUCAGAGCCGACGAAUUACAGCAACAAAAUCAACCACAAACUGGAGCCGGCGACGCAAAAAUAUUAGACGCUGACGCGCCCGACGACACCGAAUAUCUGCUGACCGUGCGGGAGCGAAACACCAACACCCUCAUGCAUAACACUACAGGUGCCCGAGGAGUUUUCAACCUGACCGGCCUGACCCCCGGAGCGGACUACGUCAUCAGAGUGUGGCGGGUGAAUAGAAGAGGGCGAUCCGCCCCGCUCACUCUUGAGACCUUCACGCUGCGUACGGCUGAGAACAGAAUGAGAGAAGACGUUGUUAGUGACGCUGCAGCAGUCGUGCUGGGGAGCGUUCUGACAGCCACAGCUCUACUCCUAGUCCUGGCGCUCUCGGUUGUCUUGAUAACGCGACGCAAUCGUCACGCCACGGCGGCAAGAGCCCAGUUCCUACAAUCUACAGUGACACUCGAUCAAGAAUCUCCUAGCACGUUAAUUCCUCCCGGGGAAGGUCCCAGUCAAAGUGUCGUACCUUUGGUACACCAGAUUGCGGAAGACGCUCCAGAUCUGCUCGGAGAAGAACGUAAAACCCCUUCAGGAGCGUCUGCAGGUCUCGAGGGCGAUGAUGUCUUCCUCGUUGCAGAUCACUGCUAUCAGGCGUCGUCUUCGCUCUACUCGGGACUAACUCCAGUAUCUCCUGUGAAUAUGAGCAACAGUUCAACCCUAAGAAAAAUGCCGGAUGGUUCAGAAAGCUGCGGUCGUAUCCCAAGAGCUGAAAAUUUGGUCGAUCAAACUGGAAAGCAAACUCACUAUCUUCCAAGGAGAGAAUCCUUAUGCGAAUACUCCUCGACAGGCUACAGUUCCCCUGGUCUUGUUUCGCCAACAGCUGCCCUUAACGAAGGGGAAGCUAGCGACAGUCUCAGAGACCUGGAACGUCAAAGAGGAGUUGGGAUUCCAGGACGCGUUGCUCGCUCCCGCAAUCCAGACCAUAGAGCUCACUACGUUCGCAGUCAGCAGUUAACGCAAGUAGCACAAGAGCGAGAAAGUUUCUUAUGAUGUGGAGGUACUAACAGCCUCUUCUUUACUACUCUAUUUGGGUAAUUUCUUCCAGAUAUUUUUGAUAUUGCUAUAUCAUUACCAUAGUUAGCAUAACAGAGCAUAUCGUAUCAAGAAAUCUACGUGUAGAGUAGCAAAUGUAUUAGCUGCAAUGAGAGACGUAUAUAAUUCUGAUUAGUGAUACGAAGUAAACAUCAAUGGAUUAGCGAACACAUCUAUCUAAUGAUACUAAUGCUACCAAAUGCAUUAAUCACAAUUAAAUGCUACUAAAUGUAUCAAUCAAAUGCAUUAAUCAGAAUAACGCUAAAAUACAGAAUCAUAACCAUGAUGAUUAACCAUUGAUUAUCGUGAUAAUCAAGGAUAACAAAAAAAAUCAUGAUAGACAUGAAUUUGUCUAGAUUUAGUUGCCAGGGCCUAUACUUUCAAAAAAGUUAAGAGAUAGUAAGUUCAUCA